GGGGAAGUGCCAAGCUCGAAAGAAAAGGACUUGCACAAAGAGCUUCAUGAAAUUUCAUGACCGCCACUUUGUCCGACUCCUCUUUUUGAUGACAGCCUACAUUACAUACCUACAUAGUAAAAUACCUUGGAUAGCAUUUUAUCUUUACAUUCAAGUGAUUGAUUUGCGAUCCAUCGAAUACCUGUUUUCCAUCGUUGUUGUUUGCUGCUUCAUCUAUCUGCAUGGAACUUGGGCGUUGCGCUAUCUGACCUUUACCUUCUUUUCCCUUCUGUCUACGCGACAGCACCUUUUACGACGUUACGAUCCUUCAUGGCCUUUCCGAGAUACCCUCACUUUUCACCACCGUAUUCUUUAUAAUCGCGAGUCCUCCGUUUUCUCAAUUGCAUUCAACGUCUACCCUCUUCCUUUUGGUCGCCAUUCCGAUAGGUUCACCGCUUGGCGGCUAGACCGUCGCGAUGGAUCAACCUCCGCCUCCGCCGCCGCAUGGCAAUAUUCCCCGGCCGGCGAAUCCCAAUUUACCCCCGGGCAAAUAUGACAUAUUCAUUAUACCGCCGCACUCCUCGGGAUCCGGUUUCCUCUAUCUCCCUUCUCUGAAGCCAAACCUGAACAGCUUCGCAGCGGGAUUUGCUAGCGCUCUGGUUCUAGUCGUCCUCGGUCAGACCAUGGCACCUGUUUUUCAAGUGUGGUGGAGCAGCUUCCAAGGAAUGGGGAAUAUGGGCAUGGUGUUAUUGGUGAUCGCAGUCGGAAUCGGGGCAUGGUCUCUGGGGAGAACGCAACAAGGUGGCGGCCCGGCACCGGCAGGAGGCAAUGGGAAUCCUUGGGGGUACGGUCCCGGAGCUGGAGGCUAUUCCAGUGGCCCAAAUCCCAACGCUGGACCACCCCCUAAUGAUGAUGCGCCUCCGCCUCCUCCGCCUCACGCCUCGCCGCCGCCGCCUCCUCGGCACGGGCCCGCACCUGGAACUCCUGGCGCGGAGCGGCCCAAGCAAUCGUGGCAACAGCAUGCGCAAGCCAACGAGCCUAAGGGCGCGCCACCAGAACCACCACCAGAGCCUCGACGUCGACCGCCGCAGGAACCAUCGCGAGAACCACCCCAAGAACCACGGGAACCGCCGCGGGAACCGAAGCGAGAGCCGAAGCGAGAACCAAGACGUGAGCCGAAACGACAACCAAAACCAGAGCAGCGACCUGAGCCACCUCGGGAACCCCGCCGCGAACCGCCCCGGGAGCCGUCUCCGGAACCUGCGAAGGAACCCCCGCAGGAGCCUCCCAAGCCAAAACCCAGAUCAAAACCCAAGGAAGCUCCUAAAGAGGUUCCUCGAGAAGCCCCUAGGGAACUGCCUAAGGAGGUUCACAAGGAGGUUCACAAGGAACAUAAGGAAUCUUUCAAGGAAUCUCCCAAGAAGCCAUCCAAAGAGCCCAAGGAGCCCCCUCCAGAAAUUCCCAUAGAGCCACCUAAAGAAUCACCCAAAGAGCCCCCCAAGGAACUUCCCAAAGAGCCCCCCAAGGAGCUUCCUAAGGAGCCUCCCAAGGAGCUUCCUACGGAGACCCCCAAGGAAACUCCUAAAGAGGCCCCUAGAGACCCACCUAAAGGCGCAUGGGAAAAAGCUAGAGAGGAGACGCGGCGAAAAGAGGAAGAACGAAAAGCUAGGGAAGAGGAGUUAAAAGCGAAGGAGGCCGAAAGGCGUAAGAAGGAGGAGCUAGCUAGACGACUAAAAGAGCUACGCGAGAAGGAUGCUCGAGAGAAAGCCAAACGUCAACAAGAAGCGAAAGAGAAGCAGGAACGUGAGGCUCGCGAAAAGGAAGAGCGAGAAAGGGAGCAGCGCGAAAAGGAGCAGCAGGAGAAGGAGCGGCGAGAGAAGGAACAGAGAGAAGCCAGAAUACGGGAAGCUAGGGAACGUAUACUGCAUGAACGAUUGAAUCAAGAGAGGGCGCUCCGAGAAAAGCUUGAGAGGGAAGUUAAGGAAAAGGAAGCAAUCCGAAUCAAGGAAGCAAUCGAAGCAGCUAGGCUGAAGGCUAUAGCGGAGGCAGCUCGGCUAAGGGAAGAAGAAGCCGCGACUUUGAGAGCAAAGCUGAAAGAAGCGGAGGCUGCCGUACAAAGAGAAGCUGAAGCUGCUGCUAAGCUGAGGGAAGCUGAGGCCGCUAAGCGAAAGGAAGAAGAAGCUGCCAGGGAAAGAGAAGCCGAAAGGCAGCGAGAAGCCGAGAGACAAAGAGAGGUUGAGAGACAGAGGGAACUGGAGGCGGCUCGACAGAGGGAGGAAGCUGCUAGGUUAAGAGAGGCAGAAGAAGCCAGAAUCAGGGAAGUUGAAGCUGCUAGAUUAAGGGAAGCCGAAAGUAGGAGAGGUGCCUACGCCUACUCGUCGGUCGGGGAGAAAACAAACCCUUGGCCGAACGGAAAACCGCCCGUUAGGCCUCCAUCUCCUGCUAGAUCAAGCCCCCCUAGGCCGAGCCCGAGUACUACGUCUAGUAAGCCUAGUGCUGCCUCUACCAAGCAACCGAACCCAGCCCCUAGCACAACCAAGACUUCGAGCGGCGUUAGCGAAGAAACUUACUCGUUUCGACCAUACGACCAGCCUAAGAAUCAUACUCGAAGGAGGUCGGGCGAGACGACCUUCACAGAGUCAUCGUAUGCUCCAUCUCAGUCAACAGCAAGGACAACGCCGCCACCUUCGGAACACCCACCUUAUCGGACCAACGACCCAGACAAAAUCGUCAUCAAGGCUGUUUACAGCUUUGUCAACCAAUUCUCCAAGACACCAGCUUCUCAACUCAUUAACGGUGUGGCACCUGUCACAGACGGUUUAAUUCUUCGCAUUUCAUCUGCUGGUAUUUUCAUCGACGACGAUGUUCGCAACGAGCCGCAGCGGGAUUGGGACGUCAAGGCCUGGACGCUGAAAACGAUGGAGAUAUGGUGCCCCGCACAUUGCGUUGUCGAGUCCAACGUUACUCCCAAAGUGACGCCUAAGAGCCGUUUCCGAUCAUCAAUUCGUGGCGACCCCAAGACUCUGACAGGUGAAGAUGCCGAAGACUGUGUUAACGAACUGCUACAUUCUUGCGGGGACGUGUGCCGCCAUGCGCCUCACGGAAGACGGGAUGUUGCGUCGUCAAAUGUUAGUAGUUCGCGGCGACGAGGUCUCCAUGUACUGCGCGCCACAAUCCGAGAUCAGGACGGGAGGAGACAUUUGUUUAUUGUUGAUGAAGAAGAGGGCUGGAAGGUUGCACAGGGCCUGCGAAAGCUCUUCCAGGGCACCCAGCAUCGGCAGCUAGGCAUCCAGUGCAUGGCAAAGACAGAGGCUCAAGGCAUUCUCGACAUGUUUGGCUGGUAACUGAGGACAGCAUCCGUGGGACUUGGGGAGAUAUUUAUGGGAUAUCAACUGGCGGGCGUGCGCGGAUACUGGAAUGCUAAAGAUUUGCAGCAUUCCACCAACGCCCUAUCUCCACACCGGUAUAAUUUCCACCCCUUCCGUGUGAGCCUUAAUUCUUUAUCAUUUCCGUUAUGCAUGGCGAUGCGGGCGUGGUGGCGUAUGAGGGUGAGUUGGUGAAUUUAUAAAGCAUACGAUUCACGAUUGAACAAGAGGAACCGCAUGUAGAGUUGGAAAUUGCCACCAAUUGGACAGAUAGCCCUAAAUAUACCAUGACUGCAAGUUUGAGACAUUGUAA